CUGGCUCCACGCGUCCCGCCGAGGCCAGCGCCGCUCAGACGCCCRGGCUGUUAGCGCAAGGCUUUGACCCUUCUUUUCCUGUCUCUCCAAGGAGUAGUCCUGUGGUSCGUAUCAAAGAAGAGCCCCCUAGUSCUUCCCGCAGCCCCCAGAUAGAGGAGGCCAGCCCCGGGAACCUUCCUGCUGUCAAAACUCCUCUGUCUCCCUCCACGUUCAUUGACUCCAUCCUGCAGGAGAACGAAGGCAGCACGGCGAGCGCGGCCGCCGGCGACAGCACCGCGCAGCCUCCUCCUCCGUCCCCGGAAAAGUGCCUCAGCGUCGCCUGCCUCGACAAGUUGCUCAUGCACAUUCGGGUGCAGGUCGCUCAUAUCCAGGAUCUCCUGUCGUCCCAGGAGCAGCAGAAACCUGCGGAGACGGAGGCCGGCGCCGCAGACGCAGGCAAGCAGCUGGUGCACUACACGGCGCAGCCGCUCUUCCUCGUGGACUCGAGCGCCGUGGACGCGGCCGGCGCCGACCUGCCCGUCUUCUUCGAGCUGGGCGAGGGGCCCUACCUGGCCGAGGGCGACGAGUACCCCGAGGAGCCCGCGGGGGCACCGCUGCCGGCGCCCGAGGCGGCCAAGCCGCAGGACCCGGCC